AUGUGCAGCGGCUUCGCGGGCUGCAGUAGCGGGCGACGGUGCUAUGGACGGGCGGGGCGCUGCGGCCGGCCUGGCGCUGCAAAUGGGCUGGGCGCUGCGGACGAUGCAUGUGUAGCGGCUCGGUGGGUCGCAGCAGAGAGCGACGGUGCUGUGGACGGGCGGGGCGCUGCGUACGGCCCUGGCGCUGCGGAUGGGCUGGGCGCUGCGGACGAUGAAUGUGCAGCGGUUGGGCGGGUCGCAGCAGCGGGCGACGGUGCUGUGGACGGGCGCGGCACUGCAAAUGGGUUGGGCGCUGCGGACGAUGCAUGUCGUAGCAGCGGCGACGGUGCUGUGGACGGGCGGGGCGCUGCGGACGGCCCUAGCGCUGCAGAUGGGCUGGGCGCUGCGGACGAUGCAUGUGCAGUGGCUUGGCGGGUUGCAGUAGCGGGCGACGGUGCUGUGGACGGGCGGGGCGCUACGGACGGCCCUGGCGCUGCGGAUGGGCUGGGCGCUGCGGACCAUGCAUGUGUAGCGGCUGGGUGGGUCGCAGCAGAGGGCGACGGUGGUGUGGACGGGCGGGGCGCUGCAGACGGCCCUGGCACUGCAGAUGGGCUCGGCGCUGCGGACGAUGAAUGUGCAGCGGUUAGGCGGGUCGCAGCAGCGGGCGACGGUGUUGUGGACGAGCGCGGCAGUGCAGAUGGGUUGGGCGCUGCGGACGAUGCAUGUGCAGCACCUGGGCGGGGUCGCAGCUGCGGGCGACGAUGCUGUGGACGGGCGGGCCACUACAGAUGGGCUGGGCGCUGCGGACGAUGCAUGUGCAACGGCUGGGCGGGUCGCAGCAGCAGGCGCAGUGCUGUGGACGGGCGGGGCGCUGCGGACGGCCCUAGCGCUGCAGAUGGGCUUGGCGCUACGCACGAUGCAUGUGCAGCGGCUUGGCGGGUUGCACUAGCGGGCGACGGUGCUGUGGACGGGUGGGGCGCUGCGGACGGCCCUGGCGCUGCGGAUGGGCUGGGCGCUGCGGACGAUGCAUGUGUAGCGGCUGGGUGGGUCGCAACAGAGGGCGACAGUGCUGUGGACAGGCCGGGCGCUACGGACGACCCUGGCGCUGCGGACGAUGCAUGUGCAGCGGCUUGGCGGGUCGCAGCAUCGGCCAACGGUGCUGUGGACGGGCGGGGCGGUGCGGACGGCCCUAGCGCUGCAGACGAUGCAUGUGCAGCAGCUGGGUGGGUCGCAGCACCGGGCGACGGUGUUGUGGACGGGCAGGACGCUACGGACGGCCCUGGCGCUCCAGAUGGGCUCGGCGCUGCGGACGAUGCAUGUGCAGCGGCUGGGCAGGUCGCAGCAGCGGACGACAGUGUUGUGGACGGGCGGGGCGCUGCGGACGGCCGUGGCGCUGCAGAUGGGCUGGGCGCUGCGGACGAUGCAUGUGCAGCGGCUUGGCGGGUCGCAGCAGCGGGCGACGGUGCUGUGGACGGGCGGGGCGCUGCUAAAUGUCAUGCCGCUGCGGCAUUCGGAGGUGGGCGUCCUGCGCCGCCCUGUCUCUGUUAG